AUGGGCCGCCCCGAGCGGGGCGCGCUCCGGCCGCUGGCGCCGCUGCUGCUGCUGUUGCUGCUGCUGCUGCGGCUCCAACGUCUCGCGGCGGCGGCGGCGGCGGCGGAUCCACAGCGCGGCGGCCAAGGGCCGGUCAAAGAGUGCGAAGAGGACCAAUUCCGGUGCCGGAAUGAGCGCUGCAUCCCCUCCGUGUGGAGAUGCGACGAGGACGACGACUGCUCGGACAACAGCGACGAGGACGACUGCCCCAAGAAGACCUGUGCAGACAGCGACUUCACCUGUGGCAACGGCCACUGCAUCCCGGAGCGGUGGAAGUGUGACGGCGAGGAGGAGUGUCCCGACGGCUCUGAUGAGUCUGAGACCACGUGCACCAAGCAGGUGUGUCCUGCAGAGAAGCUGAGCUGUGGACCCGCCAGCCACAAGUGUGUGCCUGCCUCGUGGCGCUGCGAUGGGGAGAAGGACUGCGAAAGCGGAGCAGACGAGGCCGGCUGUGCCACCUUGUGCGCCCCGCACGAGUUCCAGUGCAGCAACCGCUCCUGCCUGGCCGCCGUGUUCGUGUGCGACGGCGACGACGACUGCGGCGACGGCAGCGACGAGCGCGGCUGCGCCGACCCGGCCUGCGGGCCCCGCGAGUUCCGCUGCGGCGGCGGCGGCGGCGCCUGCAUCCCCGAGCGCUGGGUCUGCGACCGCCAGUUCGACUGCGAGGACCGCUCGGACGAGGCGGCCGAGCUGUGCGGCCGCGCGGGCCCCGGGGCCACCGCCGCGCCCGCCGCCUGCGCCGCCGCCGCCCAGUUCGCCUGCCGCAGCGGCGAGUGCGUGCACCUGGGCUGGCGCUGCGACGGCGACCGCGACUGCAAGGACAAGUCGGAUGAGGCCGACUGCCCUCUGGGGACCUGCCGUGGGGACGAGUUCCAGUGUGGGGAUGGGACUUGUGUCCCUACGAUCAAGCGCUGCAACCAGGAACAGGACUGUCUGGACGGGAGUGACGAAGCUGGCUGCCUGCAGGGGCUGAACGAGUGUCUGCACAACAAUGGGGGCUGCUCCCACAUCUGCACAGACCUCAAGAUCGGCUUUGAGUGCACAUGCCCAGCAGGCUACCAGCUCCUAGACCAGAAGACCUGCGGCGACAUCGACGAGUGUGAGGACCCCGAUGCCUGCAGCCAGAUCUGUGUCAACUACAAGGGCUACUUUAAGUGCGAGUGCCACCCCGGCUACGAGAUGGACACUCUGACCAAGAACUGCAAGGCUGUCGCUGGCAGAAGCCCGUCGCUGAUCUUCACCAACCGGCAUGAAGUGCGGAGGAUAGACCUGGUGAAGCGGGACUACUCGCGCCUCAUCCCCAUGCUCAAGAACGUCGUGGCACUGGAUGUCGAAGUUGCCACCAAUCGCAUCUACUGGUGUGACCUCUCCUACCGCAAGAUCUACAGCGCCUACAUGGACAAGGCCAGCGACCCGGCGGAGCAGGAGGUCCUCAUGGAUGAGCAGCUGCACUCUCCGGAGGGCCUGGCGGUAGACUGGGUCCACAAGCACAUCUACUGGACUGACUCAGGCAACAAGACAAUCUCUGUGGCCACAGUUGAUGGCGGCCGCCGCUGCACUCUCUUCAGCCGUGACCUCAGUGAACCCCGGGCCAUCGCGGUCGACCCCCUGAGAGGGUUCAUGUAUUGGUCUGACUGGGGGUACCAGGCCAAGAUCGAGAAGUCUGGGCUCAAUGGUGUGGACCGGCAAACACUGGUAUCAGACAACAUUGAAUGGCCCAAUGGAAUCACCCUGGACUUGCUGAACCAGCGCUUGUACUGGGUGGACUCCAAGCUUCACCAACUAUCCAGCAUUGACCUCAGUGGAGGCAACAGGAAGAUGCUGAUUUCCUCCCCUGACUUCCUGAGCCACCCUUUCGGGAUAGCUGUGUUUGAGGACAAGGUGUUCUGGACAGACCUGGAGAAUGAGGCCAUUUUCAGUGCAAAUCGCCUCAAUGGCCUGGAAAUCGCCGUCCUUGCUGAGAACCUCAAUAACCCACAUGACAUUGUCAUCUUCCAUGAGCUAAAGCAGCCAAGAGCUGCAGAUGCCUGCGAGCUGAGUGCCCAGCCCAAUGGCGGCUGUGAGUACCUGUGCCUUCCUGCUCCUCAGAUCUCCAGCCCCUCUCUCAAGUACACGUGUGCCUGUCCUGACACCAUGUGGCUGGGCCCAGACAUGAAGAGGUGCUACCGAGCACCUCAAUCUACCUCAACUACGACAUUAGCUCCUACCACAACGAGGACACUAGCCGACACCACGAGAACCCCUGGGACCACUGUCCACAGCCUCACCUACCAGAACCGCAGCACAGAGACACCAAGCCUGGCAGCUGUGGUCCCAAGCUCAGUUGGUGUCCCCAGGGCUCCCAGCAUCAAGCCCUCUACCCCAAGCCCUGCGACCAGCAACCACUCCCAGCACUAUGGGAAUGAAGGUGGCAAGAUGGGCUCAACAGUCACUGCUGCGGUCAUUGGGAUCCUCGUGCCCAUGGCGGUAAUAGCCCUGCUGUGCAUGAGUGGCUACCUGAUCUGGAGAAACUGGAAGCGGAAGAACACCAAAAGCAUGAAUUUUGACAACCCGGUGUACAGGAAAACGACAGAAGAAGAGGACGAAGAUGAGCUGCACAUAGGGAGGACCGCUCAGACUGGCCACGUCUACCCUGCAGCAAUCAGCAGCUUUGAUCACCCACUGUGGGCAGAGCCCUGUCUUGGGGAGACCAGAGAACUGGAAGACCCAGCCCCUGCCCUCAAGGAGCUUUUUGUCUUGCCGGGGGAACCAAGGUCACAGCUGCACCAACUCCCGAAGAACCCUCUUUCCGAGCUGCCUGUCGUCAAGUGCAAGCGAGUGGCAUUAAGCCUUGAAGAUGAUGGACUGCCCUGAGGAUGGGACCACUCCCUUCGUGCCUCAUGGAAUUCAGUCCCAUGCACUACACUCUCUGGAUGGUGUAUGCCUGGAUGAAGGGGUUUCUGUAUAUGGGUCUGUGUGUGUGUGUGUGUGUGUGUGUGUGUGUGUGUGUGUGUGAGAGAGAGAGAGAGAGAGAGAGAGAGAGAUUUCUUUUUAAUUUAUGUUGCGGAAAGGUAACCACAAAGUUAUGAUGAACUGCAAACAUCCAAAGGAUGUGAGAGUUUUUAUAUGUAUAAUGUUUUAUACACUUUUUAACUGGUUGCACUACCCAUGAGGAUUUCAUGGAAUGGCUACUGCUGAGUGACUAACAUGAUGUACAUAACCAAAUGGGGCUGAUGGUACACUAGCUUACUCAUCAUUUUAAAACUAUAUUUACAGAGGGUAUUUGAUUUGGGGGGAGCUUUUUUCGAUUUUGGAGUUUGGGGUUUUGAUUUUUUUUUCUUUUUUUUUUAGUAUAUAAAAUGAUUAUGCUUUGUGGCUAUCCAUCAACAUAAGUGAAAAAAAGGAGAAAACACUUCAACUCCCUCCCCCACUUAGAUUAUUUAUUAGCAUAUUUCAAAAAAUAAGAUUAGUUCUAUAAAUAAUUUAGAGACACGAGAGUAUUUAUUUUUGGUAUGAUUGGCCCACCAUGCGGACUCUGUGUGCGUUUACGUUUCUAUGUGUAUGUGUGUGAGAGAGACAGAUCUGUAGAGAAGAGGCACACCUGGGGCUGUUCGAAUCCAUACAGAGAAAAACAUGGGGAAACAGUCCACAGAGGGGUAUCUGUAGUUUUCAGAGAAGCCUUUGGAAAUUCGGCUCAAAAAAAUGGGUGCUGUGGUUUGUGUAAACACCUAGUGGAAGAGGCAGAUCUUUUCCACCUCUGGCAAUUCCUGGGACUCUAGUCAGUCAGGCACAGCCUUUCAGUUCACCUGUGGCUGCUGGGACUCCCGCUCGGGCUUUCUCUUCUGUGUCUGAGGCCAGUGCACAGACUUCACAUGGUGCCAGAAGUUCUCGUGAGCUCAGGCAAGAACACACCCGAACCUUGGCUCCUUGUUUUAAAGUUCGGCAUUUCAAGUAACUUCCUUUUCCUUCAGGACGCUUAGGUUGAAUUCAUUAUGUUUCCUCUGAAGCACUCCUGGGGUGCCAUCCUCGUGGAGAGCUAAGUGGAGACAUUUCUAGAACAGCCCAAGGUUCCUGUAGAGACUGGCUCAGGCACUGAACCUCUGAGAUAUGCAGUGGGUGAGGGUAAGGACAGUGGAAUAGGUUCUGUUACAUCUCUAUUUCUCCCUUUCCCUUUCCCUUCCUCUCUGCCAUUUCUUGUAAGUGGGGGAAACAACAUAGGCUUGCUACCAUCGUGUGUUCAUUUAGAUGAAAGUAGCUUUUGGCUGAAGUCAGAAAAAGUGGCCAAACUUGAAGUCCUACAAAGGGGGAAAUGGCAUCUACAACACUGUCGUAUAUUGGAUAUAUAUGUUCACACAGGGAUUUGGCUUACUACUUUGUAAAUAAAAGGAAAAACUCUGGGUA